GCGCAUGCGCAGAGGUUUCUCGAGUCCCUGCGUCGCUGCAGCUCGCCGAGUUUUGUUCCGCUGUUUCACCAGAGCGAAAUCUUAAUUUUCUGGACAGUCACCAUGUCAACCAGCGACUUCUACCUCAGAUAUUAUGUUGGACACAAGGGCAAGUUCGGACACGAGUUCCUGGAGUUCGAAUUCAGGCCCGACGGUAAACUGAGGUACGCCAACAACAGUAACUACAAGAAUGACGUCAUGAUCAGGAAAGAGGCGUACGUUCACAAAAGUGUGAUGGAGGAGCUGAAGAGGAUCAUUGACGACAGUGAGAUCACAAAGGAAGACGACGCGCUGUGGCCGCCUCCUGACAGAGUCGGCAGACAGGAACUGGAGAUCGUCAUCGGGGACGAACACAUUUCAUUCACAACUUCCAAAAUCGGCUCCUUGAUCGACGUGAACCAGUCAAAGGAUCCUGAAGGUCUUCGUGUCUUCUACUACCUGGUCCAGGACCUGAAAUGUCUGGUCUUCAGUCUCAUCGGCCUUCACUUUAAGAUCAAACCCAUCUAAACAAAAAAAAGAAGUGGACUUUCCUGGUUUUAAUUUUCUUUGGCUCAUGUUUCUGUUGUUGAAUGACCACAUUUGUACAUUUGCUUUUGGUGGAACUUGUUUUUUUAUUUUAAAUAAAGGGUUAGAAAAACAGAA